AUGGCUAAUCCAAACCAUAUAAGCAGACAAGUCCUUGCAAAUUUCAUAAAUCGGAUGACUGGCAACCUCCGAGAAUGGGUGAGAAACCUGUCUGAGUAUGAAAAACUCCAGCUCAUCAAUGGUACCUCUUCACAGUUUUUAGGAAUGAUACACCAAGAAUUCCUGGGAGACAUUACAAUCAUUCAGAAGAGGAAUUCUCAAGAAUACUUUGAAAUGAAUUGUUGUUCACUCAACAGAAAGGACUUGGAGAAACACUACAAGAAAAUGGCUGCUAAAUAUUAUCCUCUAGGAGGAAAUAAUAAUCCGCCACUUAAACAAGUCUUUAUCGCAUCCUUGCCAGAUGAACUCCAGCCAGAGCUACACCGAAUGAUGAUGGCUCUUUGCAAGAAAGUGGCUACCACUACCAUUGGAGAAAUAUACCAAUUGGCUCUAGCCGCUCUUGACAAAUUGUGCGAACAACAACAAAUGUUCAAACAGCUCAGCAAAAACUCGAGCAAACUCAAAGGAGCAUGCAAUAAAUCUUAUUUGAAGAUCAAAUGCAAGGAGCCAGGCAGUGAAUGCAAGCCAAAGAAAAAGACUCAUUGGCAAUCGCCAACCAAAACAUUCCACCAAAAGGCUUUUAGAAGGGGAAGGAGGAAGCAAAAAUACUAUUAUUUCAAGAGAAGAAAGCCCCAAACUAAGUCAAACAGAUGUUUCAUCUGUGGAAAACAAGGACAUUUUGCUAAAUCGUGUCCCCACAAGACAAAAAAGGAGAUAAAAAUACUUCAGUCCUUAAUGGAUGCAGCUUCCAUUGAAGAUGAAGAAGAUCUUGAAUCAGUUCUUGAAGAACAAGAAGUUAAAGAUGGAGAAACUGAAUAUGUUUUCCAAGACUCUGAUUCAGAAGAAGACCUUCCACCAAAAAGGUCAAUCCUUUCUAUAUCCUACUUUGCACCACCAUAG